AUGGCGGAAAAGUCAAAAGGCCACUCGCUUCCACAAUGUUUUCGCCUUGAUGCCAUACCACAAGUUGGCCGCCAGACCUACCUUUGCGCCCGGAAUACGUUUCCUGACCUUGUUCCGAUGUCCACGGACCCAGUUCGCCUUCCCAAUGGCUAUGUCCUGGCCGUCACCCCUGUUUUUGGGGGGAUGACAUUCAAAAAUAACAAUAUCAAUUUAAGUCAUUCAGUCCUACCUCCAGGUUGGAACAUUGUCAUCCAAACAGAUCGCUCUGCCCAAGCAGACGGAACGAAUCGACCCGAAUCCGCCCUCUCGUUCGCAUCCAAUGGCUCUUCCUCAGGUGCGUCGCGUGCCGCGUCCGGCUCAAGGCCACAAACUCCAGCGAUGGGCAGCAAGCCCAUUCCGCGUGGCAAUGCUUCGCGUUUCACAGUACCAACUCGCGACUCUGAUUCUCUCUUCAUCUCGUCGAUUUUCCUACCCUCGAGCUCCGAUUUCAAGCCUGCGUCCUCUCCCACGCGAGAGAUUGCGAUGCUGCUCUGGGCAACCCUCUUCUGGUACUUCCAUCUUCCCGAGCCCAAUUUACGGAUUUGCACACCUGAAGCCAGUUUAACGCCUGAAUCUGGGCGUCCCAAGGGUGAUUGGCGCGUGUAUAUCAGACGAGAGGGUGUUUUCAAAGGCCGCCAUCUCUUGCAGAAGCUAGAGCGCAUGGGCCUAGUAACGAGUUCGGACUCAUCGGUCGGCCUUGAUCCUGCGGACCCCAAUUAUCAAGAUAUUUGGGGCGACGUCUAUGUCAGUCGCCGAUCCUUCUGGCAACUCGAUCCGAGAAUCUUUCUCUUCACUCUUCAGCCCGCCGCAAUUCGGUCGGGUAUCGAUUCACCGCAUUUUUCUCGGCCGGCAUCGCCGUCGAGGGAGUUUGGAAUGUCAUCUCCAAAAGUCGCCUCUGCUAUCCUAUCUCCUGAACAACACGUCUUCCAUCCAUCGUUGCCGGGCGGCCCAUUUUACUCUGCAAGUCACCUUCCAACAUAUUUCCCACCGGCCCCUGCACACUUCAUCACGACGAAUGGAGUUCGCCAUCCUGCCCGCCCCAAGCCCCCAAGGCAAGGCGAAACGUUCUAUGUUCGUUAUGUUAGGAGUGUGGGCCAAACGCUCUCUUUUCGGGUGCCAGUACUCAGCCCAAGGGAUUCUUUCACAUUCAAUGACAUAAGGAUCAGCCACCGCAAAUCCUCAAGUACCACCUCACUCAUCGACGGGUCAUCCGUAUGCUCGCCCUUAAAACCGGAAAAUGAAUCAGACCUCGACAUUUUACACCGAUGGAUGAAUAACUCACGCAUCAACGCCGCGUGGGGCGCGGCUGGUCCGCGUUCUACGCAAGAAGCCUUCCUUCGAAAACAAUUUGCGUCCCGAUAUUCGUUUCCAGUAUUUGGUUGCUGGAAUGGAAAACCUUUUGGGUAUUUUGAAAUUUAUUGGAUUAAAGAAUCGAACAUUGCGAGACUACUCGCCACCCCUGUGGGUAAUUGGGAUCGCGGAUUCCACUGCUUGAUAGGCGAAGAUGAAUACCGGAGCGACCAUCGAGUGCAGAUCUGGAUGUCUGCACUGGUCCACUUUUGCUGGUUGGCAGAUAGUCGAACAGAGAAUGUGAUUCUCGAACCUAGGGUGGAUAACGAGAGAUUCAUCUCCAACCUCCAAGAAGCUGGCUUUUACAAGGAGGGGGAGGUGACCUUUCCACACAAGCAAGCGGCUGUGAUGAAAAUCAGUCGAGAUAAUUGGGAAGUGCCCGCCUUAUAA